CUCCAUCUUCUGCACCCACACUUUCUUCAUCUCUAGUAUCAAUUGCUUUGUUUAGCGACUUACACUAAAACACUUCUUUGUCUUCAGCCUUAGUCGCACAGGCUUCGGCCCAUUACUUACUUGACGCAGGCUACUGGGAGAUUGCAUCUGUACUGAGGAUACCAUAAGGACACCGACCGCCCGGCGGAGCGCCGCUUGCACUGCGUGAGUUUCGGACCCAAUAGGACUUCCCCCAUCCUCGAGAACCGACUCCGGACUCGACCUGCAUAAGAUAUGCUGUCCACAAAUAUGCCAGCCGGCAUCCAGCGCCAACGGAUUCAGCACCGUCGACAAAACUCGACACCAACUGUUUUCGACGCGCCUUCAGUACGCCCAUCGCCUGCUAAAAUACGACGCUCACACCGGACCGGCAUGAGCUUGGAUCUACGCGGCCUCAACCUAGACUCCAUCCAUGCUGCGCGACAAGCCCAAUACCAGGAAUACGCCCAACGACCAGGACCCUUCGACAUCCCCUCCUUCCAGCAGGAAAACAGUACGGUAAGUAAUACUAACAAUCUAGGACAAUCAUCACAGCAUUCUAUGCAAGUAGCGCAGACGCACAGACAGCCCCAGCCGGGCCCCCAGGACACCUUCUUGGCAUCCCCAGUACAGAUCACUUCGUCAACACCACGGACGCCCGCAAGGUUAACCCGUGUGCAAUCUCCCACGCAGCUUCCCUCUUCCCCCUCUAAGCCCCCAACUGAACAGCAAUUGAAAGAACUCCACGAGCACAUCCAGUCUGUGUAUGGCUCAUGUGGACAAGUCUUCAUUAACAUUCUACCUACACCCACUGCGACCCCACAAAAGGCAGCGCAGUUGCCUAGCCAUGAAUCUUUCAGUCAAAACGGUCUCUCGGCUGCCUUUACUGGCAUGACCGACGUCAAUCUCGAGCCUACCUCCAAAGCCAUGACAUUCGACUUUGAGAACCCAGAAGUGGACCUUGGUUACGACUCGUCUUCGUAUUACACCUCCGACGCAUUGUCACCAUCACCCGUCUCUUCGCCACGACAAAAGCCUACUCAAUCUAUUUUGGAGAAUAUCGAAGAGAACCGGGAGAUGGUUUUUGCGCAAUCACACGGCUUGUUGCCUACUCCCCAAAGCGCAGUGCCCAUUAACAGCUUGCAAACACCUAUUGAGCAGUUUGCGCCCUCUCAAAUGUUCAGCGACCUGGAUGUGGACGCUAGCUACGAGUACACCGGCAUUGCGCCCGAAGAAGUACAAAGAUACAUCAGCGAGCAGGACGCGACAACCGGCAAGUGGACGUGCCUGUACCAAGGCUGCGGCAAGGUCUUUGGACGAAGGGAAAACAUUCGAUCGCAUAUCCAAACACAUCUUGGUGACCGCCAGUUCAAGUGCAAUGGAUGCGGUAAGUGCUUCGUUCGGCAGCAUGACCUGAAGCGCCACGCAAAGAUCCACUCUGGCAACAAGCCAUACAAGUGCCCGUGCGGUGCAGGGUUUGCACGACAAGACGCUCUUACGCGCCAUCGCCAGCGUGGCAUGUGUGUCGGUGGAUUCCCCGAUGCAGUUCGUCGACAGGCCAAGCGUGGCCGACCGAAGAAGAAUCGGCCGGAUAUGGAGCAACGCGUCGACAAGGCCAGCAGAACGCGACGCGCCCUGGUGUCAGCACCUUCAUCAUCAGCUGGCUCGCCAAACUCGGAUGCUCGGUCUCCUUCACCGCUAGUUGGCUUUGAACCGGCUCAAUCACAAGAUCUCCCUCAGCUGCUUUCGGAAUCACAGAGCUUUAAUGACUCCAUGCAGUCUUCUGUAGAUCCUUUCAGCUUUGAGGCCUCAUCAAGUCCUUAUCCCGAAGAUGCCGGCCUCUCCCAGUCGAGCUUUGGAUCAACUUCCUAUGCUAACGACUCUGCGUCUAUGAACAUUCUUCAACAACUCUCUCAGCACUCUCAUACGCCCCCAAUGUCGCCUGCUGAUGUGCGCCCAAAUUCUGCUGGGUCACCAAACGACUCGCAUGCGCCCGUCCAGCCUAGUCCUUUGAAGGCAACGUCAUCGCCUUCGCGGUCGUCGGUCCAGUCAAGUCAGUUCACAACACCACCAACUUCACCGAUCGACUCCAAGGACAAUCUGGACGAGCUCUUUGACAGUAUGCCCGAUGCUUCCUACUCGCAGUUUGACCUCGAGAUGAAGGCAAUGAGCGACUUUACUUCUUUGGACUCGUCGGCGUACGACCUUUUGGACUUCACUGUGUAAAAUAGUCUUCCCAACGUGAAGACAUGUGCGAGACUGUAUGAUAUUGUUUUGGGAUGUUACGAACGUAUAAUGACUUGGCGUAUGUGUAAUCUCUGGGAGAUGGUCCGACGCAUUUACUUCAACCUCAUGGGACGGGCUCUCAGGAUCUUGGCAUUGUCAAGGGAUUUUUUUAUGAGAGAAACAUGUUUCGCUUCUUCUGCUGCCACUGUAGGGACCGUAGGGUGUAGGCUUACGCUCCUUUGUUUGGCAUAUUUGUUAUUUUAAAAAAGGCGUAUACGGUUGGGAUAUCUGACGGUUGAACGCGUGAAUGAGUGCAGGAUGUCUGCCAGCGACAUAUCUCAAUGACAGACGAGCGCCUCCGUAGCAAUGCGACAACGUUUGGAUGCUUUUUCAAUUGAACCUCAUCUAAUUUUU